CAACACGCUGUUCAAGCAUCAGUCAAUUUCUGAACGGCGCUGAUAGCGCACGGCUAUACAUUACGUCAAAUACGCAUCGCACUACAUACGCAAGAUUCGCGCGCUACUUCGCGGGACUUUGUAAAGGUUUAUAACAGAUAACAAAAAUGGCUGAUUCAGGCCACAUCAAAAUAGAAGAUAACCCAAAGAUUCUUUCGGGUCCAGUCCUAACCAACUCCCCUAACGCAGUAUUAUCCAAAACACUAUUGGGUCGUUAUAAUGACCUUCAACUACCAGCAGACAGGAUCUUGGCCACGUAUGUGUGGAUUGAUGGCACCGGCGAGCACAUGAGAUGCAAGGAUAGGACUUUAAACUUUAUUCCUAAAGCACCAAAAGUUAAAAUCGUUCGGAUAAUUGAAGAAAUGAAUGAAAAUUACUGUUUUAAUCUAUUGGAAAAUUGUGAAAGGACAUAUAGAGAAUAUUAUUUGCCGCCAUAUUUUUUUCCGAAGGAUCUAGAAUACUUGUACGAUGUUCAAUGCAAGCGGAGAGAACAGAGCUCGAACAACUUUGAUGAGAAUUUAAAAGAUUUGCCGAUUUGGAACUUUGACGGUAGUUCAACCGGCCAGGCGGAUGGCCACAAUUCAGAUACUUUUCUUAUUGCGCGCGCCAUCUACAAGGACCCCUUCCGUCGCGGGAACCACGUUCUUGUUAUGUGCGACACUUUCAAGUACAACAUGGAGCCUACAGAAAGCAACCACCGAGUUAAGUGUCAAGAGGCGUACGACAGAUGUAAAGAUGAAGAACCAUGGUUUGGUAUUGAGCAAGAGUAUAUACUCUUAGACUCUGACCUAAGGCCCUUCGGCUGGCCUCCAGGUGGCUUCCCUCCACCACAGGGCCCUUAUUACUGCGGUGUGGGUGCGAACAAAGUCUUCGCAAGGGAUCUUGUCGAGGCACAUUACAGGUGCUGUUUAUAUGCCGGUGUCCCAAUUUCUGGCACAAAUGCGGAGGUGAUGCCGUCACAAUGGGAAUACCAAGUCGGACCCUCUGUAGGAGUGGCUGCUGGAGAUGACCUCUGGAUGUCUCGAUAUAUCUUACACAGACUCGCUGAAGAGUACGGCGUCAUUGUGACUUUUGACCCCAAGCCUGUACAAGACUGGAAUGGCUCUGGUGCCCAUACUAACUUCUCGACAAAGAAAAUGCGAGAAGAAAAUGGAAUUAUCGAGAUCGAGAAGGCCAUAGACAAGUUGUCGAAGGUGCACAUGAAGCACAUCAAGGUGUACGACCCACGUGGCGGCAAGGACAACGAGAGACGGCUCACCGGCAUGCACGAGACUGCCAGUAUUAACGACUUUAGUGCAGGUGUUGCCAGUCGUGCGAGCAGCAUUAGGAUACCGCGUGCUGUUGCCGAGGAAAAGAAAGGUUAUUUGGAAGAUCGCAGACCGGCAUCCAACUGUGACCCAUACGCUGUGAUCGACGCUCUCAUGCGCACUUGCAUACUGAACGAAUAACAUCGGAGUCAUAGAAAUCACGCCUCUUCCACACGUGUCAGCUAACAUAGGCUGAAACAGCACGACAAAUAAAAAAACCUAUUGUCUAUAGCA